AUGGAUGCUUACGAAGCUACAAGAAUUGUGUUUUCAAGGAUCCAAAACUUGGACCCUGAAAAUGCAUCCAAAAUCAUGGGUGUGCUUCUUCUUCAAGACCAUGGUGAGAAGGAAAUGAUUAGAUUAGCAUUUGGCCCCGAAGCACUUGUUCACUCAGUGAUUGUCAAAGCCCGCAAGGAGUUAGGUUUACCUUCGAACUCUCCGCCAACACCCUCCACUCCUCCUUCUCCUUCACCAUUCCUUUCGAGGCAAAGCUCUACUUCUUCAAGGCUUAGUGGUAUCAACCUCCCUCCCGCCCUCACCAUUCCAAACCCUUCUUCAACUUCUUCUUCAUGGCCUACUGUGUCUGAGCUUCAAACCCCAGAUGAUUUGAUGAGCCCCAACCAUUUGGUUGUUGGUUCUUCCACUUCUUCAUCCUCCUUACCCUUUUAUGUAAACGGAGGCUCAGAUCCAAUUGAUGACUUCCAACUUCAAGACCAGCUUUCUUUCCUUAACGAUGGUUCUCCUACUAGUACUGCACUUGCUCACAAGAACAACCCAGAUUUGUUUUACCCACCUCACUCAGACUUGUCUUCCAGCCCUACUGCUGCAGCUGACCCUGCUCUCUUUCCUUCCUACGGUUGGGGAGGAUCUCUUCAUCGUAGGAGUUGCUCCGUCAAUGAUGCUUGUUUAGGCUCUGAGGACCCCAACUCCGGAUUGGGGUGGAAGCCUUGUCUUUACUUUGCCAGAGGGUACUGUAAAAAUGGGACUAGUUGUAGGUUCCUUCACGGUGGACUUGGAGAUGCAGAUGGUGCUGCUGCUGCAAUGGUAGGUUCUCCUAGCAAGAUUGAGAUGAUGGAGCAGUGCCAUGAGCUCUUCAGAUCCAAAUCUUCUCAGCAGCAUAGAUUGGCUGCUGCUUCUCAGCUCAUGGCCUCACCCACUUUUCCAUAUUCCCCCAAGUGCAUGAAUUUGCUGUUGCAGCAGCAACAGAAUGAUACUCAAAGAGCGGCAGCUGCAGCUCUGAUGAUGAGUGAGGAUUUGCAUAAAUUUGGACGAUCCAGGCUCGAAAGAAAUGAUUUUUCCUUGAACAGUCCUGGAAUGGUAAACCCAGCUUCCAGACAGAUCUACUUGACUUUCCCAGCAGAUAGCACUUUCAGAGAGGAAGAUGUUUCAAAUUACUUCAGUAUUUAUGGCCCUGUCCAAGACGUUAGGAUCCCAUACCAGCAGAAGCGAAUGUUUGGUUUUGUGACUUUUGUAUUUCCGGAGACCGUGAAGCUUAUUCUAUCUAAAGGAAAUCCUCAUUUUGUGUGUGAUGCUCGAGUGCUUGUUAAGCCUUACAAGGAGAAGGGCAAAGUUCCGGACAAGAAGCAGCAGCAGGUAGAUAGAGGAGAUUUUUCACCAUGUGGUACUCCAACUGGACUAGAUGCCAGAGACCAGUUCGAUCUUCAACUUGGAGGCAGAAUGUUCUACAAUGCUCAAGACAUGCUGUGGAGGAGGAAGCUGGAGGAGCAAGCUGAUUUGCAGCAAGCUCUUGAGUUACAAAGUAGGAGACUAAUGGGUCUGCAACUUCUUGAUAUCAAGAAGCAUCACCAGCGUGCACUCUCCACUGGAAGUCCAAUUCCUUCCCCCACCCACUCUCCUAACAUGUUCAACCAAAAUCUUGUUUUUCCUUCCUUUCACACUAGUUCAGAGGCCCCGAAGGAGAGUGGUUCAACUUCUGCUCCAGCUAGCACUUCAUCAGUUUCUGCUGGUCAGCAGCCGGUCAACAUAUCUGUUGGCAAGGAAAUGGUGGUCAAUGGAGAGAAUGGAUAUAAGGAAGGCAAUGGGAAGCAGAGCUCCAGUCACGGAGAUCGUGAUUUGCAAGAAUGCUUGGAGCAUAAUCUCCCUGAUAGCCCUUUUGCUUCCCCAACAAAAGCUGCUGGUGACUUCAUGGUUUCCUUCUCCAAUGGACCUAAUGAGGCCAUUGAGGCAGAUGCCUCAGGUGCAUCUGCCAGCUCUAAAUUUGGUACUAGCGCAUUACUUCCACCAUCUUCUGCUCUUGACAUGGGAACUUUUAAAUCCUAUAACUGCCAAAUACCAAGGUUCUCUUCUGGCCAUGGAACUAUUGGGAUGUUAGCAGGAACCGGUGGACCAAUUGACAUUUAG